CCCGACGCGGUCCCCAACCCCGUCCCCUCCCCGCCGCCCGGGGGCGCGGCCCGGGGCAGCAGCCGGCUGCUGGAUUCCCCGCAGCCUGGUGAGCGCUCUCGCUUGCGCCGCCGUCACUCCUAGAGGCUGAGGUGGGAGUAGAGAUGAGAAUUUGCCCCAUCAUUUGUUGAGUUCUCUGGCGCCCCACGGAUCCGAACAUAAACAUCUGCCUUCCAAUCUCCUUCCUUAGACGUGAGGAGCUAUUUAUCUUGUUUUGCUUUUAAGGGUCCCUGGCAUGGUGCUCAAGGCCUUCUUCCCAACAUGCUGUGCCUCAGCAGACAGUGGCCUGCUGGUGGGACGGUGGGUCCCGGAGCAGAGCAGUGCUGUAGUGCUGGCUGUAGUGCACUUUCCCUUCAUCCCCAUCCAGGUCAAGGAGCUCCUGGCCCAGGUGCAGCAGGCCAGUUCGGUGGGAAUGGCCGUGCUGGGCACCUGGUGCCACCGCCAGCAAGAACCUGAGGAGAGCCUGGGCCACUUCCUGGAGGGCCUGGGCACCAUCUUCUCCCAUGAGCCUUGGCUACAGCUGUGCCGGGAGAGGGGCAGCAAGUUCUGGAGCUGCAAGGCCAUCCACCGGCAAGUGUCUGCUGCCCCUGAUGUCCCCAACGAAGACCAGGUCAUGCUAAUCUUCUAUGACCAGCGCAAGGUGCUGCUAUCCCAGCUGCACCCACCUACAGUCGUAUCUGAUCACCAGGAUGGAGAUACUAUAGCUAGUACUGGGGGCCUGGCUGUGGUCUUUGAUACGGUGGCACGCAGCGAGGUGCUAUUCUCCAGUGACCAGUAUGAUGAAGGCCCUGUGCGGCUGAGCCACUGGCAGUCAGAGGGUGUGGAGGCCAGUGUUCUUGUGGAGCUGGCAAAGCGGGCCUCAGGGCCAGUCUGCCUGCUGCUAGCCUGUCUGCUGUCACUGAUCUCAGCAGCCAGUGGCUGCCGGCUGUGGAAACUGUGGCCCCUGCCCUUCAUCAGGAGUAAGCUCUCCACCUGUGAACAGCUCCGGCACCGGCUUGACCAUCUAACGCUUGUCUUCAGCACCCAGAAGGCCCAAAGUCCCGCCCAGCUGAUGAGGAAGGCCAACAUGCUGGUCUCUGUGCUCCUGGACGUGGCCCUUGGCCUCAUGUUGCUGUCCUGGCUCCACAGCAGCAACCGAAUUGGACAGCUGGCUGAUGCCCUCGUCCCUGUGGCUGACCACGUGGCCGAGGARCUCCAGCAUUUGCUACAGUGGCUGAUGGGUGCUCCAGCUGGGCUUAAGAUGAACCGGGCGCUAGACCAGGUGCUGGGCCGCUUCUUCCUGUACCACAUUCACCUGUGGAUCAGCUACAUCCACCUCAUGUCCCCUUUCAUCGAGCGCAUCCUGUGGCACGUGGGUCUCUCAGCCUGCCUGGGUCUGACAGUUGCCCUAUCCAUCCUGUCGGACAUCAUCGCUCUCCUCACCUUCCACAUCUAUUGCUUCUAUGUCUAUGGUGCCAGGCUGUACUGCCUAAAGAUCUACGGCCUAUCAUCUCUCUGGCGUCUCUUCCGGGGGAAGAAGUGGAAUGUUCUGCGCCAGCGGGUGGACUCCUGCUCCUACAAYCUAGACCAGCUGUUCAUUGGGACCUUGCUCUUCACCAUCCUGGUCUUCCUUCUACCCACCACGGCCCUGUACUACCUGGUGUUCACCCUGCUCCGGCUCCUGGUGGUCACCGUGCAGGGCUUGAUCCAUCUGCUCGUGGACCUCGUCAACACCCUGCCUCUGUACUCCCUUGGACUCCGGCUUUGCCGGCCCUACAGACUGGCAGCUGGUGUGAAGUUCCGUGUCCUAGAGCAUGAAGUAGGCAGGCCUCUUCGCCUCCUGAUGCAGAUAAACCCUCUGCCCUACAGCCGUGUGGUGCACACCUACCGCUUGCCCAGCUGUGGUUGCCACCCCAAACACUCUUGGGGCUCCCUGUGCCGCAAGCUGUUCUUUGGAGAGCUUAUCUACCCCUGGAGGCAAGGAGGGGACAAGCAGGAUUGAGGGCCUGCCACAGCCCUCCCAGUACCACUGCACAGCUUGGUCUUCCUGCCCUCUGCCAGGGUGGUAUUGACCUUGUGGGCAGGCCAGGUCACACUGUGCUCCUGAGUGAGGGCAGGCCUUGCUCCUUGAGUGCCUGUUCUGGAUCUUGGGGGCCUGUGCAGUCCCUGCCAGGCAGUCAGCUGCCACCCUACAACCCCAUCCCUCUCUAGCACCAUCUGCCUUGGGAGCCUCCCCCUGGUCUGUUGUGAUGCCUGGCAGCCCCCAGGCUUGCCCAGGAGUACCACCACACCCAGACCCUGUGAGGGUGCUGGCAGGUCUUCCUGGCUGGUCCCUAGCAGCCCCACCCUGUCAGGUGGGGCGGAGGAACCCUCCCAGGAUGCACUCCUAGGUCCCUGAGGACUUCCAGCUGCUGCAGUAGAAUGACCCCAUCUGGGAGUUGAAGCAGCUGCUGACCCAGCCCCAGCCCUUAUGGACCGGAGCCUUCACCCUGAGCUAGGCAGGCUGGUUUGCCAGUGCUUCCUGGGGACUGCUUCGUGAGGAGGAUGUUGACAGGACAUUUGUGCCCUUUCGCUGGAAGCUGGGCCAUCUGGUCAGCUGGAGUUGCCUUUUUGGAAACUGGGUGUCCAGCCACCYGGCUUCCCCACUUCUGCCCAGUACUCAAUGGGACAGGUCCUUUGAUGAAAUUUUCCAUCUUCUCACUGGCUUCUUGUGGAACGAGGCAGCUCCUUCCUGGGCAGACAGUUCUGUGGACUACCACGAGUGGCCUCCAGGAUGUAGUUUGGCCCAGGUUUCCUGCCAGGAUCCUGUGUAAGCCAAGCACCCCAGGGAGAGGGAAGCCUGAAGGUGCUGGGUGGUGUGGAAAUGUCUGUGCUGAGGGCAGUGAGCCCUGCCCGUCUCUCGGGCACUUGGGACUGCCCAUAUUCCUUUUGCUGCAGGCCACAGCAACACUAAGUACCCAGUGGAGGGUGCUGGUGGGGAUGGGUCCUGACCCUGCCUUUUUUGUUUUGUCUUGAGAAGGGGUCUCACUGUGUUGCCCAGGCUGGUCUAUAACUGGGUUCAAGUGGUCCUGCCUCAGUCUCCUUAUUAGCUGGGACUAUAGGUAUGCAUCCUGUGUCCAGCUCCCUGACUCUGCCUUUCCCCGUGGUGACAAUAAAGCCUCCCACACGUGUGGAGCACCAGCAUGGUCUUGCCYGUUGAAUGUGUGCAGCAUGUCUGAGGAGGCUUCAGGGCGGGGCGGGCAGACACUUCCAGGGCAGACUUGAUUUUAUUGAGGGGACUGCCAUGUCCUGUUUCUUGUUUGGGGCUCCCUACAGCAGUGCUGUUGGGUCGGUGUGCAGGCCCUGGGCUCUGGCACAGGCCCCAGAGGACAUGGCACCAUACCCUCAUUAUGGCCUCAGCUAGGCAUAAGGGAUUGGCUCCUGGGGCAGGACUGGAGGUAAGUCACUCCCUGGACUGAACUGACCCCACCCAUCCUUUAGCCUCUAGGGACCUUGGGGCUUUCUGCUGUUGUUCUGGUACAGAGAGGGGGUGGAGUCCAGAGCAGUCCCUUAGCAGCUCCCUGUCCUGGUCUUCUCCCAAGGGCCAGUAGAGACCAGCUGAUGAGUGCCAAAGGGUCUUUCAUUGGAUUGUGCCCACUAAAAGCCUGCUCAAAGCGGCCUCUGACCCCUGUGAUGCUAGGGGCUGCCUUCCAGGAGGCCUGUAGCCAGCUUCUGGCCUCAAAUGCAGAAGCCUCUGACUGGGGCUUGGCAGCAUGCAGCUGCUGGGGCUCAGUGACAGGGGCCAUCAUACAUCCUGCCUGUUUCCCCCCCUGCUGUGCCUGGCCACCCUGCCUACCCUUGUGCUACGUAUCCACAUCCUUCCACCAUUUCUGGGCUCCCAUCAGGAAGGAUCCUGCCCCCGAGCCCAUCCCAGUGCUGUGUGGCCCUAUCAUGGGAUUUUCUUGGCAGCUGUUGUCCUCUGUGUAGAGAACACUGGCUACCUCAGUCAUUGAGAGCUGCUACCUGCUGAGGAGUGGCCCUGUUUGGGUGUGUCUCAUGAUUCUCAUGAUGAGAUGUAGUUCAUGUGUUUGUGGCAUGCUGUCCUUGACAGGGUGUCACCUUGGGAGCACAUGAUGUCUACUUGUCUACCUUUGGUGCUGUCAACAUUAUUGGCCAGGAGCUGUGCCAGGCUUCCUACUACAAAGGUGUUUCCCCUUAUAAUUAGCAAGUUAUUUGAAACCACUUGGAGCCAUGUGGACAUCCAUUCUUUCACUGCUAGCUGCAGUGUCCACCAGUUCUGUCCAUUUGUGUGAUGUUAGUAAGAUCUAUCCUUGGCAUCAGGCUGGGGCCAGGGCUCCUUAGUGACUAGAGCUUCCUCGGCACAGGGUUUCAGAGACAAACGUCUGUUUGUCCCAGUAGGUCAGUCUCUAAGGGCUGGUGAUAUGGCCCAGAAGGCAGUAAAGAAAUGGUCUAUUUUCUGUUACUGUAACAAAAUACCUAAGACUGUGUGAUUUUGAAGAGUAGAGGUUUAUUUGAAUCAUGGAUUUGAGGCAGGAAGUCCAGGAGCAAGUUGAUGGCAUCUGACACAGCACUGUGCAUUAGAAUAUGGCAGAGGGCAUCGCAGGGAAGGACAGUAUGCAUGGCAGCUCAGGUUUCUCUAUUUUUUGUGGUACUGGGCAUUAAACCUUGGGACACUUUACCACUGAGCUAUGUUCUCAACUCUUUUUA